AUGAAAAGUCCACAGGAAGACAGGCCAAGAAGCUUGAAGGCUUUGUGUGAAGCCGUCAUUACAAACAGCUUGGGCGAGGGAGGGAAGAGACCAUACCAUAAAAAGAGGAAGGAGGAAGAGAAUGAAGAAGAGGAAGUGAAGAGAAGUUUAGAGGCGCUCUUUAGCUCUGGCAAUCCCGUGUUAGGUGGGUUGCCUGCCGUAAAAGGUUUGCGGGAUGCCGUACGACUAUUUGUGAAGAAACAUGCAUACUUGAUAGAGAAGACAGGUGGCAACGACGUGGCGGGGGUGAGCAAUGAACCCGUUAACCUGCGUGAUGCUCUUUUAAGCAACCAAGAAGCCAUGGAGAAAAUUCGCGGAGAGUGGAAAGAAAUACUGGAAAAUAUGUAUGCUGUUGAAGGGGACGAUAGUACCACACCGCCUGGCGAAACGUUGGAAACCGACGCAACCACAUCGAGUAAUUUUUUGUUUCUUGACGCCGGCCAUACCGGGGCCUGGGAGGAGCUACAGUUGGAAGCGAAAACUCCUUGCAGCGACGCUCGUGGGUUCCUCGAGACUUGUGUGCGGGAGUGGGUGGAGGAGGGCCUUCCCAUAGAAAAGGGAAAGCCAGGGGCAUUUGUCCGGGCAUUACGCGAAGUUAUUGACACGGAGUUGGAUUCCAUCGUCUUUGAUGAUCAUUGGGAAGCCUGGGUGAGUUCGUUGCUCAUGUGUGUGGAGCUGCGGACAAAAUCAUCAUCAUCGACAUCAUGGGAAGUCCUCAGGCUUGUGGAGUUGAUCUACAGUCGAUGUACACCCCAACGGAAACUUCUGCUUCUGGACUUUAUUGCCGAGGAAAUCCAGCAGCCAUUUGAGGGCGUGCCAAUUUUGAAGGAUUUUCUUUUGCAAUUAUUUCAUCGAGUUCUUCUUUGUACUGCGGAGAAUAUUGUGGGCUUUAUGGACGAUGAAAUUGCCCAGCUGGUCUUGAAGGGCCUGCGCGUUAUCGCUGAUCAUCUUGCAAGUUUUGACACGAUGGAUCCGCAAGCAAGGUGGCUGAAACAUAUUUUGGUGCGCCCCUCUCUCGUCCGUGACAUUGCCUCGCUUCCGAGCAGAGAGCCGGAACUGAUCAACAAGCUAACGGCCGCCAUGCCGGCACCACACGCUGUUGGGCUGAUGUUGAUUAUGUUGCCUCUUUGGAUGAAGGAGCCCGGUGAUGAAUGGACCUCGACACGUAUCUUUGACAAACUAGUGGACGCUCUGUUAAACAAACACGUGCUAGAUGAUCUUGUGGAGGAUGCCAUGGCGUGCGUCGAUCGCUGUCUUCGUGGUCUACACACCGAAAAGCGUCACGAGCACUUUGGUAAAGUCCACAGUUUUCUGCUCUCGCAGGAGUACAGUGAGGUGCAGGAGUCUGUGGGACGACUUUUGAGGCUCCUGCUGUGCUUUUCAAUCCCUUCCGCGUAUGACCCGGGCAAAAGUUACCGACUGCUGCCGACGCAUCUGCGAUCCCUCGAGGAGUACCUUCUUAGGCGAUUGGAGAAAUGGACGAGGAAGAAUGCUACACACAAAAUUGUAGUUGGUGAUUUCUGGUGGGAAAUUUUGCGUUGGCACGCAGCGGAUUUGCCAAAAGUGGUUGCACGUGCCGUGCGAGCCAUGUGCCGAGAUGAGAGGCGUGUGGGAUCGCCGUGGGAUGAGGGCCAUCUUGUUGCCAUCAGUUACUCCGUUUCGUCCUGGCGUGGCCUUGAGGAUGUCUUGGAAGAUGAACAGCGUGCAGGUUCUCUUAACUACGUGGCUCUUCUUUUGAACAUUUGCGCUGCUGCCAGCCGAGCGUCGUCGAGUUUGCAACAAGAGCGGCAGCAACAACAAAAACAACAACAACCGCCAGUGAGUUUGAAUCCUACCGCCUGUUGGCUGCUCAUGCGAUGGUGCACGAAUGCCUGCGCACGUCGUGGUUUGUUUCUUGCCACGACGGAAGUACUCCGGUCCCUCACGGAUGACAGGGAUGUCACGGAGGGCGGCCUUCUUGCCAUCCCCGUAGAGGAGUUCGACUCCAUUACUCACAUGCCUCACGCUAUCCCCGCACAAGAAUUGAAUCAAAAGCGCAUGCUUGCAACAAUACUUUCGGUCAGGUUAUGGAUUGCCACGCUGAACCCAUUCUCCCAAACACCGAGCGUGGCGGAGUUGGAUGUGACGGGAAAGCUGGCGCAGCAGCUCCAAACGUAUUGGGUGGAUUACGACAGCAACGUGUCGAUGCCAGACAAGCCAUUUGGUGAAGAUUCUCUGUUGCUGUUGUUGUGUGUUCUUAGCAUGAAUAGGUUGACGAGGGUACGAAAAUCUGGCAAUCACAGUCAGGAAUAUAUUUUGCAGGAUUCAUUGAAAAGGCUGCUGGCUGAAAGACGGGGGCAUGAUCCGGUUUGGCACCUCUUGCAGUUUUUGUUAACUGGUGUUGGCUCUGACCACCUCGCUGCCAUUCUUGUACAUCGAUACGGAACGGCGCAGGAGGUCCCGUUACAGAUUGAUGUUGAUAAAUACGAGACUUCCGUGCUGCAUGACGUUGGAGAAAAGGAGCUGGGCGCCAUGAAAGACCUUAUUGGCUUGAAGAAAGGAGAUAAAGAACGGGAAACCAAUUUACUUCCCGUUCUGCAACUUUUGCUUCAGUUAAAUGGGGGAGAUGUGUCUCGUGCGGUAGCGGCCUUUAAGAAACAUUCCACGUCACGGUGGGAGGCGUACGGGCGUUGCAUGGAUUUAGCGGCCAGUGUUGUAGAGCGGCUUCUUAAAAGCUUCCCGUAUCUGGAGGAGCGUAUGCGCUGUGAAGGUGUGGAUGUUUACUAUCUCUCUCUACUCUGUACCCGACGAUGGCUGCGGGAUUCAGUGAAAUUUCCAGACCUUGCUCGUGUCUCUAUCGAGAAAUUUAUGCGACUUGGUCAGGCAGCAUGGGAGGGCGUCGUUGCAGACAGCCUUGGCAAGCACAUCGAGGCGCUCUGGGAGCAGUUCUCGGAGGCUGAUGGAUUAUUACGUUUGUGUGCGGAGUCCGUGAUAUUGCCAGUGAGUCCUUUUUUGGUCUUGUGUCUGGCAACCGAUUUUAGUCUCAAGGUGAAUGUGUGA